AUGACUUCUUCGAGCCAGGAGGAUACACGAAUCUCUGGAUUUGAGCCGUUGCUUUCCCCCGAAUACAUCCAACACGAGAUUCCAGCAUCAGCCGUCUCUCUCGCAACCGUUUCCACUGGCCGACAACAGGUGAUUGACAUUCUUGAGCGGCGAGACGACCGUCUCCUCGUGGUCGUGGGGCCAUGCUCAAUCCACAACCCUCAAGAGGCACUGGAGUUUGCUUCCAGACUGCGAGAACUAUCCGAGAAGCUCUCUACAGAUCUCUGCAUCGUCAUGCGAGCUUACCUUGAGAAGCCGCGUACAACAGUGGGGUGGAAGGGGCUUGUCAAUGAUCCUGAUAUCGAUGAAUCCUACGACAUCAACAAAGGCCUGCGUAUUUCCCGCCAACUAUAUUCCGAUCUCACCAACAUGGGCCUUCCCAUCGCCAGCGAGAUGCUUGACACUAUAUCGCCACAAUACCUAGCAGACUUCAUCUCCUUCGGAGCAAUCGGCGCCCGCACAACAGAAUCUCAGCUCCACCGUGAGCUAGCCUCCGGCCUAAGUUUCCCCAUCGGUUACAAAAAUGGAACGUCAGGGAAUGUCAAUGUCGCAAUUGACGCCAUCGCGGCCGCUUCAAAGCCGCACACAUUCCUUGGUGUGACCAAAGAAGGCAUGGCAGCCGUAACUCGCACCGCUGGAAACGAGCACGGUCUUGUCAUUCUCCGUGGGGGCUCUCACGGUCCCAAUUACGCAAAAGAGCAUGUCAGCUCUGCCAAGCAGGCGCUGAAACAGAAAAAACAGCGCGAGAAUCUACUGAUUGAUUGCUCACACGCUAACUCUGCCAAAAAUUUCCGCAACCAGAGCGUGGUGGCUAUGGACGUUGCGAGUCAGAUGGUGAGCGGUGAAUCUGCGAUUGUGGGCGUGAUGAUAGAGAGCAAUCUCAACGAGGGCAAUCAGAAAGUGCCACCCGAGGGUCCUAGUGGACUUCGACCUGGCAUUAGCAUCACUGAUGCAUGCAUCAGCUGGGAAACAACCGUGGAAGUCUUGCAAAAUUUGGCGAACGCUGUUAGGUCCAGACGGGAGUACGUGCAGUCUUUGCUUGACUGCACUAGCAAAUCGGCUUGGUUGGAGACCCAAUCUGCAGGCAUCAUGGCGUAG